AAUUCAACAACUGACUGGAAGAAGUUCAAACUUCAAAAUGGCGUCCGACGUGCAGCUGGAGAGCCUUCAAUAUGUUUUUUCCUUGAUCCAUGCUGGCGUGGAUCCAGAUAUACCUGGAAAUGGGGGAAUCAAAUGUUACAAUUAUCUUACAAUUAAUCAAAGGCUUGCUGACACUUUUUCUUAUUUGAUGUUUCUUUUUCUGUGCGUUGUUCCUCUGGCACUUCGAAAAGUCAGAGCCGCCCAAGGUAACGUCAACAAAUUAAACGAAAGCCAGGAGCACCAUGAAUCACAACAGGGCAAGAAAAUCCUUCUUGUGGCGCUGUGUAUAACAUUUGGAAUUGAGCUUGGGUACAAAUUAUCAACCAAACAGCUAAUUUACCUUCUGAAUCCUUGUCACAUCGUCACAGUGUUACAGAUCUAUUUUCUUGUGGCAAAAGAAAGUGCUACAGUGCACAUUCUGUUUAGGCUUCAUAUACAUAUUUUGUUUGGUGCCUUUCUGGCAAUGAUCUUGCCUGUUGUCAACACUAGAACACUGCCUGGUGAAGUAGCUACAUAUUGGAUUCAACAUAUCUUGAUAUUUUUCAUUGUGCCACCCUACCUUAUAUACAAAGGAGGCUGCUUUACCCCAGAGCCUUUGAAUGAUUAUAGCAUGGCAUUUUUAGCACUCGUCGUGUUUGCAACACAUAUGUUUGUUAUUUUACAGGCUAUAGGAAUGAUGACACUUGUGAAUUUGAAUAAUAUGCUGUGUCCAGCUGUCAGUGAUCCAUUUCAUGGACCGUACUACCGUUGGUUCGCCAUUGUACACCAGUCUAUAUUAGCGCUAUUCUUUGGAAAAGUGUACACUUUUGUAGUCAUGAAAUGUCUUAAGAAAAUAAAGGGAAGCGAUGUAUCAAAGAAACAGGAAUGACUGGUUUUGAAUUUAUAUUAGAUGUAUUUCAGAGGAAUAUUGAUUCUGUGUAACAUAUAAAUCAUUUUUUAUUUCUUAUACUCUUUUUUAUAUUUUUGUCAGAUUAUGUGCGAAAAUAGAUUACGUAAUAAAUAGCAAAUCACGGAUUGAUCGAUAAUUAAUAUUUGAAUAUCAGUUUC